UAAUGGAGCAGGCUUUGUGAUCGAAAGCGAGACGAAAGACCAUAGCCACACCGGAAGAAGGGGAGGAGGCGAAAGUCCUCUCUGCCCGUCUCUCUCGGACUCAGGGCCUCCGCAGCACGCGACGAAGCUCUCGGCUCGAGCGGCGGACAUGGUGGUCCCGUCUUCUCUGCAACCCAGAAUGCUCUCCUCUUUCGCCGGGGUCCGCUUCAUUCGCUCCGCUCAGCCCGUGCAACGCCUCUUUCGCUUCAACCCAGGAAGCAAGCAUGUGUCCAUGCAGCUAUCAAGAUCUCUCUCUGGCUUAACCGAUCUGUUAUUUAAUAGGCGAAAUGAAGAUGUAGCCGAUGGCAAAUGUAAACGUCUAAGGCCUGGAAAAAUAUCUCCACUUAGACCUGUUCCUGAUCACAUUCUAAGGCCUCCAUAUAUUGGUUCUCGGCAACCACCUGGGAUAGCUAGUGGACCUGAAGUGCAUGAUGAGAAAGGAAUAGAAUGCAUGAAAGCUUCAGGAAAGCUUGCUGCCCAGGUUCUUGAAUUUGCUGGAACUCUUGUUAAGCCAGGCAUUAGGACAGAUGAAAUUGAUCAAGCAGUCCACCAAAUGAUUAUUGACAAUGGAGCAUAUCCCUCCCCUCUUGGCUAUGGUGGAUUUCCAAAGAGUGUUUGCACAUCAGUGAACGAGUGCAUUUGCCAUGGAAUACCUGAUUCACGUGAACUUGAGGAUGGGGAUAUAAUCAAUAUUGAUGUAACAGUCUAUCUCGAUGGUCAUCAUGGUGAUACUUCUGCAACCUUCUUCUGUGGAGAAGUUGAUGAAGAAGCAAAAACCCUAGUUCAGGUAACAAAAGAAUGCUUAUAUAAAGCAAUAUCAGUAUGUGCACCAGGAGUGGAGUUCAAGAAAAUUGGAACAACAAUCCAUGACCAUGCAGAUAAAUAUCGUUAUGGUGUUGUCCGCCAAUUUGUUGGCCAUGGGGUUGGACGCGUGUUCCAUGCAGAUCCUGUUAUUCUACACUUCAGGAACGAUGAAGGGGGACACAUGGUAUUAAACCAGACGUUCACCAUCGAGCCGAUGUUGACAAUUGGUAGCAUCAAUCCUGUGAUGUGGGAUGAUAAUUGGACUGUUGUAACAGAAGAUGGAAGCCUCUCAGCGCAAUUCGAGCACACCAUUUUGAUAACCAAGGAUGGAGCUGAGAUCCUAACACAAUGCUGAAAUUGUUCCUCUCAUGCAUCCGCCAGUUAUUUUUAUCACCAGAAACCUGCUGUAUGAGAUUGACUGGAUUCGUCUCUCCAUGUUGAGAUGAUUGUGGGAGGCGCUGAGCGAUCUUUCUUGCCUCAAUGAGGUUUAAACAAAAAGGAUUGGGGGAAUCACCUUCUCCCCUACAGUGUUCAUUCAUUGUUGUGCCAUCGAUUCAUUGAUUAUCCUCCUUGUAUUGCUGGAGGAAAGAAAUACAAGUGUACGAUAGUCUUGAGAUGCCGAUCUUUCUCAAACUUGUGCAUUUCCAGAUUGAACCUUGUACUGAUAAGGGAAAUAUAGUUAUUUUCUUCUGGUCA